AUGCUUAUGCUACAAAGAUGGGAGCCUGUUAUCUCCAACUCUUUCCCUAACUUGAUUCCUUUCUGGGUUAGGAUUCACGGUCUCCCGCUUCAUUAUUGGACCAAGACGGCGGUUAAAGCCGUUGGGAAAGAGUUGGGAGCUUUGUUGGAUGAUGACGUGGAGCGCGGGAGGGUACGGGUUGGAGUUAACGGUCUUGAGAAUUUGGAGAUGCGGCUUCCGUUACAGCUUCCGUCUGGUGAAGUGAUCUCGGUUGAUUUGGAGUAUGAGAAGUUGGAGAAGCAUUGUUUCGUGUGCUUCUCACUUCGACAUGAGAGAGAUCAGUGCCCGCGAAAUGCGAAAAUCGAUUCCAGUGCAAGGGGGAUAAAUCAAGAAAAUACUCUCAGAAGUUUGGAAGAUUAUAAGAAGCGUCGUGACAUGAGGAGGAGGCCCCCUCCACUGCUUCAAAUCUCAGGGGAACGUUCCUAUGGUUUGUUAUCCAACUUAGUCUCUACUGAUCGUAGGGAUGUAUCUCACCGUCACCACUACAGGGAUAGCAAAGAUUCCUCAUGCCCUCAAGUUAGGGGUGGGCCUCAGGCCCAGUCCGGACACAGCUCUCAGUAUAUUCGAACUGAUACUAGAGGAUCUCCUUCUCACAUGAGAAGCAAUGACUCCAGCAAUAGUGUUCACCGCUCUCAGAGUACAAGAAAACGUCCUCCUAGAACUCAAAGGAAUCGCAUGAAUUUACCGGACAAAGGCCAAGUGAACAGUAGGUCACCUGCUCUUGAGAGACUGGGAGCUCCACCCUCUCCUGCUCAGGUUGAGCCUCCGAUAGAGUUAGAUAGAGCCCUUGCGCUUCUUGGAUUUGCUUCACUUUCACUUUGA